CAUAAUCCCAAAUUCAAAGAUCCCAUUGUUGCGGGAGGAAGAAGAAGAUGGACAUUGAAGCAAAGAAUCAGCGAGGUUUCGGUAACCGGAAGCGGAGGAACAUAUGCAUAAGCCUUGGAGUCACUCUAAUCUUGAUUAUAUUAAUACUGGUGAUCUUAGCAUUCACCGUUUUCAAAGCCAAAGACCCCGUAGUCACCGUCGAUUCCGUCGCUCUUGAAAACCUCAGUGUGCGGCUUGACAUGCCCAGAGUGACGGUGAAUAUAAACUUGACCAUCGCCGUCAGUCUCACCGUCGAAAAUCCGAACAAAGUGGGCAUGACGUACAAGGACAGCGCGGCGUUGUUGAUUUACAGAGGAGAGCAAGUGGGAGAAGCUCCGAUUCCUGCGGGGAAAAUAUCGGCCGAUGAAUCAGUUCCUAUGAAUGUAUUGAUGACCGUGAUGGCCGACCGUUUCAUGUCAAAUUCUCAGACUUUUAACGACGUCGUAGCGGGUUCGUUACCUCUCAGCACUAACACAAAAAUUUCAGGGAAAGUUUCAAUCUUUAAUAUGAUUAAGGUUCAUGUGACCUCGGUUUCUAACUGUAGUUUCACUGUUCUUAUAUCUAACCGUACAGUUAGCGACAGGCAGUGUACGUAUAAGAAUAGCUUAUAAUAUCCAGAUUGUCGGCGUCUCGUCUGUAUUUUCUUUUUCUGAUUAUUGAUAUUUUUGUU